AUCGCGUUGGUUUAAUGAAAGCCCAAGAAUGAAUCAUGGCAAACUACUUUGGAUAUUUCUGACAGUACCAUGGCCAUAUCCAUUUGGCGAAUGUUUCUACAACUACGCUUCCGAAGAAAAAGAAUUGGUCUAUGAUUAUAGCGCGACAAUUUCCGCCACUACCAAUGUCUCCGACCGUUACGCCUCCCAAUCAUUUUUGAACGGAAAACUGCACAUCCAACGGAUGGCGAAUACACUUUUCGUGCGAUUAUCAAGUUUAACAAUGAAACUGUAUAAUGGUGCUUUGAAGGGGGAGUACGAAGAUAUUCUGGAUGAACUUCCCAUCCCCACCGAGUAUGAAGAUCUGCUCCGUAUUUUUCAAAUAGAUUACGAUGCAACGGGGCAAGUCGCGGGUAUAUCAACGGAAAUGCGAGAGUUAACACCGGCACGAAAUAUUAAAAAGGCGAUUGCCUCAAUUCUUCAAAUCGACAUCAGAAGCAAAAACGAAUCUUGCAAAUUCCAGGCGGAGGAAUUUUUAAUAUCUGGAAAAGUCACCGUAUCAUACACCGUUUCCAACUCAAGCGAUCAAAUUCUGAUACGAAAAGAAUCCCAUAUAGACGAAUGGAUCGAUGGUCACGGUGUGCACAAAAACGAGCAAAAAUACACCAUUGGAGAAGGUUUCGUGGAAAAGAUCGAAGCAACUGAGCUAAUUACAUUCUCUCCAACCUUGCUCAACGUAACACAAACGUUAACAUUGGACGGUAUCGAACCUAUCUCAGAGCGUUACCAACUUCACCAAGAGUUUUCCGAGACUACAUUAAUGCACACUGUGAACGAACUUGCGUCUUUCGGUGGUGCGAAAGAGUACCACGAUCGAGGAUUUGAAGCUACGGUUUCGUCGACUUACAAUGAAAUUAAAUCCCUCUCACUGGACAUGGACAGCAACGGUCUCGGCGCUUUGGAAGAAACGUUAAAGCGCGGAGUUUCCAUCGAAAAUAUUUUACGUUUACUUAGAAGCUUUUCCGUGGACGGACUGGCUAAAUUUUACGUGAAGCUCAAGGAGUGGUCUUUUGAUAGUAAAAACCAACUGGAGAUAUUUCACCAGCUACUCCCGUACACGGGAAAUCGAGCGUCAACUGCUUUAAUUGUACAGUUAGUGCUAACUAGGGCAACGGAUGAAGAAACCGCCGUAGAAAUGCUCAAGCAUUUACCACUUAACGUAGCGAUCCACAACGAACAAGAUUUGGAGGACUUGAGCUCGUUGCUGAACCUCGGUAGCGAAUUCGGCGAAGACCUACAGAUGACUGCCGUACUUUGCUUCUCCAACAUGAUCGCGACAAGCCCAAACAGCAGUUCGAGCUACGUCGAGGACCUGGUUGGACGAUUCCAAAGCUCCACCGACUACGACAACCAAUUGCUGUAUUUAACCGCUAUAUUAAACACGGGCAAGGCCGACAGUCGCCACUUGAUCUCUGUCAUACAAGGAGAUGGUUACGAAGUUAAAUUACGAUUGGCAGCGAUUUGGGCUGUCACAUCAGUGGAUAGUGACAAAUCUGAGAUUAACGAGAUACUUCGGUCUGUACUCACCAAUACCUCCGAACCAUACGAGAUCAGAGGAGCCGCCCACUUCGCAAUGACGCAUAGGAAUGAUACCGAAUCACUUUUCGCACAGGAAUUGUCCAAUUACUACGAGUACUCGGGUGGAAUGAAACUGAAAACCAUCACGCUAAGAUCCUUCACGUAUCUAGACUUCCAGUUCCAUUCCCAGAUGACGAGUUUGCAUCCGUAUGCUCUCACGGUUUAUGCCCACGAGGCGAUGUUUUCCGGACGCUCACUAACCAUUGCUGAUGUUCACGAAGCGAAAUUCGACCUGAUCUUCAGACAAGGUUGCCAUGUGGUGCAAAUUUCCAGCUGCAACUUGUUCAAUUUGAAAAAGAUAAAAUCGAUUUUCACCUUAACCGAUCCAAAAUCGGUACGCAUCAACUACAACGUGUACAAGCAAAGGUCUCUCGGUACCAGUUUAGGUAUCCCGGGAGCAGCGGAUCUUUUAGAGUCCGUGUUUUACCAAAAUGAGGGCAAGGUGGCGUAUACUCGGACUAACAAUGAAUAUAACAUUGUCGUCGCGAGGCAAUAUCGCAUUUCUAAAAAUUUGCAACGUGGUAUGCGAUUCUUUAACCCCAUCGCUGACAUUUGGCAAGAGGUGAAGAGUUACAACAUUAGCCGUGAUGAACUGUUGUUGGAAGCGAAGUUGGAUGUUGUUCAAGUGGGAAAGAGCGCGAACGUGUCGCUGCAAGUUCGGAUCAACGCCACUGGUUUGGCGCAUAGGAGCCUGGAGGCUGUCUAUGUCAAUGCGGGGGUUUUUUAUAGUGAAAUUUUAAGCAAAACUUGCGAAACUUGUAGAAGUUGGGUGAAUAUAGAGCAAUAACUUACGUUACUGUUUGAUUUACUAGAAACGUUAAAGCCUGUUCACAACUCA